GAGCUUCUCGAGCUCAGUUUGGCCGCCUCGCUCCAGCGGUGAGCAUGGCCCUCCUCUUAUGGAUCAAACAGUGGUGCUCUGUACUUUGGCGGCCUUCCUCCUCUACUACAAUACGUUGCACGCCGAUUUCGCCUACGAUGACAGUCGCGCCAUUAAAACCAAUCCGGACGUGAACCCAUCGACACCAUGGACGAAUUUGAUGUUCAAUGACUUUUGGGGGACGCCGUUGACGCAUUCGGGUUCUCACAAAUCUUACCGUCCUCUCUGUGUUCUCUCCUUCCGAUUCAACCAUUGGCUGCACGAGCUACAACCAGCUGGAUAUCAUUUGUUCAAUGUGCUGCUCCACUGCGCGGCGACGGCCCUUUUCACCCUCCUGGCGCGCUCCCUUUUACCCCCCAAAGCUGAGUUGGCCACUGCCGUCGCCGGCUGCCUUUUUGCCGCUCAUCCCAUUCACACGGAAGCCGUUGCCGGAAUUGUCGGACGGGCGGAUGUCGGGGCCGCCGUCUUCUUCAUUCUAGCCUUCCUCUCCUACCGGCGCUACACGACGGCCCGAUCGAAGCUGAGCCACCUGCGUCGCCAUCAGCUCAUGCGAACGCAGCACUCGACGACAAGCGUGCGGCCCGUGGCCAGCAAUAAAUGUAGCAAUAAUAAUAGCCACGGUAGCGUCGUCCAUUCGACGGCCACUUCAUUGCCUCCAUUCCGCUCCUUCUUGACGGCCGCUAUCUUUACGUUGAUCAAAUGGAAUGGCGGUGAUGGCGACGCUAGUGCUAGUAGUGCCGCCUUGUUACGGAGCGGCGGCGGCGGUGGCGGCCAAAACGCGCUGCCGAAACGCCGACCGAACGCCGCAACGCUUCUGGUCAUCAGCAAGUGGUUCUGGCUAUUGGUGACGCUCUUCUUCGCCGCCUGCUCCAUGCUGACCAAAGAACACGGCAUCACCGUCCUGGCCGUCUGUGCCGUCUACGAUGUCUUUGUCCGUUCGCGACUAAGGCCUAAGGAUAUCUUCUCGUCAGUCAUCUUCCAGGAAAAACAUCGAGGACUAGUUGAAGGUUUGACGACUCUGUUUAUGGGUACACUUUUGAUGGUGGCCGUCCGUCUUCAACUGAUGGGUUCAAAAGCGCCCGAGUUCGCGCCCGCUGACAACCCGUCGGCCGACUGCUCGUCUCGUCUGACGCGCACUCUGACCUUCCUUUACUUGCCGGCAUUCAAUUUGUGGCUGCUCGUCCAACCGUCUGUCCUCAGUUUUGACUGGUCCAUGGAAGCCAUUCCGCUGAUUCACAGUCUGUCGGACGCCCGCAAUUUGACGACUGCCACCUUCUACCUGACGUUGGCCUAUCUCGGAUGGAACGCUCUGUUCAGAAAGCGGGAAUCGGACGAGACGAAUGGAGACGCGCGUUCAGCUUCAUCAUCGCCCGUUCCGGCUUCGGUUUUCAACGGCAACUUGAUCUCUUCGUCCCUUUUGGGUGAUCCAUCUUCGUUGGCGGCACGUUCUGGCGCGAACGGGUGCCUUCCGUCGGUGGCCGACGCCGUCCUCCAUUGCUAUUCGUCGUCGGUGAUUGGUUGCGCCGGUUACGGCGGCGCCAGUACGAGUGGUAGUCUCAGUAGUAGCUCAUCGUUGCGAUCAGAGAGGACCAGAUGGUCGUCGAACAGUUUGGCCGACGUGGACGGCAACGCGGCGGCCAGAAACAGUGGAGGGGAUUUGACUGUGAUAGCCUUGUCAAUGCUCGUGUUGCCAUUCAUACCUGCCACCAAUCUCUUCUUCUACGUCGGAUUCGUCGUCGCCGAACGAGUCCUCUACAUCCCAUCCAUGGGAUAUUGCCUACUGGUGGCCCUCGGUUUCCAUUUGAUCGACGACUGCCUCGGCCAAAAAGAAUUGCGCGUCAAACAGCAGAAGGACAGGCACAGGUGGAAACAAGGCAAUGCUAACGUUUACUCGUUGCGCUUCGCGUUUCGGUGGGGAUUUUUCGCAUUGCUCGUCGUCUAUUCGGCUCGAACGAUCCAGCGCAAUCAAGAUUGGCUGACGGAAGAAACUCUGUAUCGGUCUGGAAUCAGCGUGAAUCCCCCGAAAGCUUAUGGCAAUCUAGCAAACAUACUCAGCUCCACUGGGCGCAAGGACGAAGCUGAGCAGGCUUACAAGAAGGCCCUGAGUUAUCGCAACAACAUGGCAGAUGUCCACUAUAAUUUGGGUAUAUUGUACCAGGAGCAGAAACGUUACGAAGAGGCAAUUCAGUCGUAUCGAUCGGCGGUUCAUUAUCGACCUCGCAUGGCCAUGGCUCACUUGAACAUGGGUCUAGUCCUUGCUUUAAUGGGCAUGAAGGAAGAGGCAAUCGAGGUGUACAGACGUUGCUCGCAGCUGGACGGGUCGGGCCUGAAGGACCCACGCACACACGAGACCACCAAGAUUUCAGCCCUUUUCAAUCUAGGACGUCUUUACGCUGAUGAUGGCCAGUACACGAAGGCCAUCGACGUCUAUAAUGAGGCUAUUCAACGCAUGCCGACACAUUAUCAGCCUCAGUCUCUGUACAACAUGCUGGGGGAAGCUUAUUUUAAGCUGGAUCGACUGAAGGACGCUGAACAUUGGUACCGCGAAGCUCUUCGCGCUAAAGCCGAUCACGUCCCGGCUCAUCUUACCUACGGCAAACUUCUCACAAAGAUGAAUCGCCUGCACGAAGCUGACGAGAUGUUCCUGCGUGCGAAAUCGCUGUCGCCCAAAGAUUCGACCGUCUAUCAACAUUACGGUCAAUACUUGUCGGAAUGUGAAAGACAUGCCGAGGCGGCGGAACAAUACGUCCGUGCUGCUUCGCUAGCACCUACCGAGUACGAAAUCGUAUUCAACGCAGCCAACACACUUCGUCAGGCAGGCAGGCACUCUGAGGCUGAACAGUAUUACAGAUCUGCCGUGAAAAUCCGGCCCUUGGAAGCGACAAGUCACAUGAACUUGGGUGCCAUGCUCCACGUCAAUGGCAAGUUGAUAGAGGCCGAGCAGAGCUACCUUGAAGCUUUACGACUGAAACCAGACGAUCAUAUUACCCGGAUGAACUUGCAGAAGUUACGUCACCUAUUAAUAAAGAAAGGUAUGGCCUCCUCGUCGGUCCAUUCCUCCCAGUGAAAGUGCCUAGAAGGCGCGCAUCAUUUCUGAUUGAAGAUGAAACGAUAAAAAAUAGGGGGGCGAUGGCUGUGUGCAUCGUCCAUUGUCUUGUAUCCCCAGUACGGGUACUGUGGAUUCUGUUUUCCUUGGCCGAUGGCCCAAUCGUUGUAUACCCAUCACAUGACAAGGCAUGAGGAGAGUCGAACCAAUCGAACCUGUGAUAGAACGUUAUAUGAUGUGUAGUGCAUUAAUUCUCCCGUCACGUAUGCUGAUGAUACGUAAACAAUUUAAACCACAACUUAUUUUUUAGAGCAUUUCUUUUUUUUUUUCUUCCCCUCCCCCAUUGAAAAGAAUGCGAGAAACCCGGUACUGUCGAUGACUGUUCUGAUUUUUAGUUUCCUGCCUUCUGUAGUAUUUAUUCGUGUAUCAUGAAACGCUUUACCAAAAAGGAUUUAAGCGCCACUGAUUUGCCUUUAUAAGAAAAAUCGCUAAUGGGGAAAUUCUGGAUAAUCAUAUAGCAAUUUUUUUUUCUCUCAUUCACUUUGGAAUCGUUUCCAUUUUUUUAAUGUUAUAAGCCCGAUUAAUGGUUGAAUCUAUAAAGCAAAAAUUUGAUUAAACAAAAAAAAAUUAAUAAAAACCAAACAAAACAAGAAAAAAAAACACAAAAAAACAAACAAAAUCAAAAUGUACGUAAACCCAAAUGUAGUCUGUCAUCCUGUUCCCCUCCCCCCUUCCUUUCUUUGUCGUUCACGUUAUUUAAAAAAAAAAUUGUUUGUGUUGACAUUGGCGACCAAGUGUGUGUCCUGGGGAAAAUUUCUAAGAUUUUACGACAAAAGAACCAAAGAAAAACAAAAUAAAAAUAAACAAACAUGGCAUCCCAUAUUCCCGCUGACACACACAUAAAAAAAAAAAAAAAGAAAAGAAAUUUUGUGUAUAACAGCGUAGCAGCCUUAUUCAGAAAACUUGAUUCACAUAUAGAACUAAGCCCGCAUUACUUUCCCAAAUGCAGUCCUUCAUAAUUUUAUUGUCAAACCAGUGGAUAAUAAGAAUAUGUUUACGUUUUUGGAACGAGAAUCAAAAUAAAAUACACUUUUCAAAAGAG